AUGAAUAUCGUCAGUCUUCUUGGUUUGGUUGUCCAAGGCGAGGUGCUUCUACUGUACGAAUACGCUGAACUUGGACGCCUGUCGAAUUAUUUACAAACGCACCGCGAAGAAUGGUUUUUGAACCAGGUGGAUUCAACUGGCAGGCUACUACCUCUUAACGAGGAUGUAAUGGAGCGUUACCGGCAAGCUGCUGACCGACGACACCCCCCGAGUGACGAUUCAGUGGAUUUCGACUGGCAAAUUCUGUCCGCCCGGACGCUGAUUCGGUUUGGUCAUCAUGUUUCUAGAGGAGUGCAGUAUCUCCACAGUUGUUCGAUUGUCCAUCGGGAUCUAUGGGCAGCGAACGUGCUAGUUUUUGACGGACUGGUUGCCAAAAUCUCCGAAUUCGGAGUGGCCAAACAAGGAGCGGAGUACGUCGGGCAGGAUGAACAGGAGAAAAACUUUCGUUUCCGCUGGAUGGCACCAGAGUCCAUCAACGAUAGACGGUUCUCUGCCGCAUCCGACAUUUGGUCACUGGGCGUCGUUCUAUGGGAAAUAUUCAGUAUUGGUAGUCUUCCAUACGCCAUUGAGCAUUCCGUGACAUGUGAUGCGGCAACGCUAACUGCAUCGCUAAAAGCUGGACUGCGCCUGCAAAGAUCGGAGACCUGCCCCAGUGUCGCGUAUAGUUUGAUUAUGGACUGUUGGUCGUGGAUUCCCGAAGAGCGCGCUGAUGCUGCUCGCUUAGAGCAGGUGCUGCGUUGGCUUAAUGACAAUAUCAGGGAAGAGAACUACCUUCCUCUUGAUUACUGGUAUGCCCUGUUGGACGGCUCGCAAGCUGAUGUUCCAAUGGAUGAGAACGACAACAUAUCUUCGCCUUAA